AUGGAAGAGGAUGACUUUGAGUUCGAAGGACCAGUUGCUUCGCGAGUCGCGCCCAGCAACGGUCAAGAAGCUGCUGGCGCCGGCCGCACGAAGAGCUCGAUUGGCCGCUUGAAGGCUGGUGGUGCGGUUUCGUCGGGUUCCGAUGGGGGAGGCGGGGGAGGGGAUUUGGAGGAAGUUGACGGGGAGGAGGAGGAGGAGGAGGAGGAGGAGGUGGAGGAGGUGGGGGAGGAAGAAGAGGUGGAUAUAUAUCCGAUGGAGGAUGAGCAGAAUCUGACCUACCCUCUCUCACUGUUCCUCUGCCACGUGCCACCCUCUCUGCCUGUCUCUCUGCCACGUGGCAGCGUGGAGGAGAAGGAUGCCACCAUCAAGAAGCUGCAGUCACAACUGGAUGAGGCACAUGCGGAUCUGCACAAGUGGCGCACGGCCUUCCAUCCUGCCAACAUUCUUGCGCCUGAGGCUACCGCUGAGCCAGCAGCGGUGGUGGCGGCGUUUGAGGCAGUGCGGGAGGCAGAGGCGCAACUGCAGGAGAAGCUUCUGGCUGCCCGGAGAAGAGAGGCAGCUAUGUUGAUUCGCCUGGCCGGCAGGGAGCAGGAGGUGGUUGCUGUCAAGGAGCAGCUGCAGCAGGUGUUGGAGAACAUGCAGCCCGCCAGCACGCAGACUCGCUCACUGCUGCUGGACGCGGCCAUUCACGCCGAGUUCAAACGACUCAAGACAGAGAGCGAGGCCCUGGAGAGGCGGGUGAGAGAGCUACAGGACGACCUAGCGGCGGUGCAGUUCACGCCGCACAGCAAGAACGGCAAGAUGCUCAUGGCCAAGUGCCGCACUCUGCAGGAGGAGAACGAGGACAUUGGCAGGGAGGCUGCUGAGGGGAAGGUGCACGAGCUGGAGAACAAGCUCGCCCUGCAGAAGCAGCUCAACUCGGAGCUCAAGCGCGGCUACCAAGAGCUACAGGAGUAUGUGGAUGAGAUCAACGAGGAGGCGGAGAAGCUCGAGGAGACGGUGUACAAGCUGCAGAGGCAGCUGCAGCUGAGAGACGCCGAGGGGUUUGUGCGGGAGGGUCGGGAGCGGCAUGGGUUUAGGCGGGAGUUUAGUCGGCAGCUUUCGGGGAGGCAGCACCGGGGGCAUGAGGAGGAGGAUGAGGAAAGGGGCUCGUAUGGUGAGGAGCAUCAUAGGAGGAUGCAUCACCAUUUUGGGGGGAGGGAGAGACAGAGGGAGGGGUCGAUUGGGGGUGGAGGGGAGAGUGGUGCGUAUGGAGGGGAGAGGAGAGAUGGGAGAAGGCGGGAGGGCAAGAGGAGCUGGAGGGAUCGGUCGAUGGAGAGGGAGAUUGAGGGGGAAGGGAGGGGGCGGCGUGCACCUUCUCUCAGUCCGUGA